CAGUUCAACCUGGGUGCAGAAUGUAACACUGAUGCAGUAAUCAAUGUAACAGUGGAAGAAUUGGGGAACAGUACUGGUGUACAUAUGGAAGAGGGACUGUUCGACAUAAUCAACAAAGAGGAGAAAACAUGGUCUGUGACUGAGGUUGGUGCCUGCUGAUAUAUCACAGCAGCAAUUGGAACUGAACAUAUAAGCUCACAUAAAGGAAAAGCAUGAGACCUCUGCAACAAUGGCUCACCGCACUUUAACAGAAGAAUGAUAGUGAGUAUACAAUACUUAAGAAGCAAUCUUCAGAGAUACAUGGAGAAGCAGUUUCUGAAGUUUUGGCUUUGGAGUCCCUAAACUUCAGGUAGUGUCGAAACUGAAGACUAACUGCACAGUUGCAGACACAUGUUUGACACCACAGUUCAAGUCCGAGCAUGUUCCAGAGAUGGCAAAUGAUCUUGUUUUGUGUGUCUCCUGACUAUCUGACAAGAGAUAGGUUGAAUAUAUCUGCGGAUUAAUAUGGCUCGACACAGACUUGGGACUGUGAAGAAAAUAUUCUUCUUCACAAGUUGCACAGUCCUCUGCCUCUCCAUGGUAUUCUACAAGAUAUGCUUUCGGAAAGAAAACCUAUUGCUCAAAAAUAGAUUAAACAGCACAGAGUCCGAGAGACUCCGACACAAUUUGAUUCACUGGGGUGUACAGGAUAUACUGCGAGGUAAAGAGGAUGUAGUUGGGCCCAAUCAUGAAUAUUUCACCCAAAAUUCUCUUUGGAAAUCUUUUGAGGCAGAACAGAAAGGUCAGAUAUAUUCUGGAAUUAUUUUGAAGAACAGCACAGAGAAAGGGUUCAGGAAAUCAGAAAUCCAGUUUCAAGAAACAACUGUUUCAAAGAAUCUUCUGCACCCAGCAGUCGUGACCAGACAUUUAUCCAGGAUUCAGCAACUGAAGAAAACAACAAUAGUUUCCAAUACAGCACCGAAAUCCACAAAGCAAAAGUUCCUACUUAAUAAGCGAUGGAAUUCAUGGGUAAUUUGGAAUGAAGACAGCUCUUCAAACAACCUCAACCGGCGCCUACAGAAUGUCAAAAACAAUUACGUCUCUAUGAAUAAAUAUGCUGUGAACUUCACCGGAAAAAGAAAGUUGAAGAAACUCAGCAGCAAAGAACUGUUAUGUGAACUGAAACAGCGAGUCCAAGUAGCAUCCAUUGAAUUUGGAGAUGAGUCCUUCGCUACCCCCGACUGGCAAAAGUACAUUCCAAACAAGAACCUUACGCAAGCACUUGGCCCAUUCAAUACUUGUGCUGUUGUGGCAUCAGCUGGCUCCAUCCUCCGGUCGAGGCUUGGAAGGGAAAUAGAUGCCCAUGACGCCGUUCUGAGGUUCAAUGGGGCACCUACCAUAGGAUUUGAAUCUGAUGUGGGGACACGCACAACAAUUCGGAUAGUUAAUUCACAGGUCCUCUCAAGACAAGAGCUCAAGUUUCAUGAUAAUACUUUAUACAGAACAGGCAGCUUAUUAGUGUGGGAUCCAUCGCCAUAUUCAGCUAAUCUUACUGAGUGGUAUAGUCAUCCAGACUAUAACUUCUUUGAGAAUUACAAAAUAUAUCGUCAAAAGAAUCCAGACCAGCCCUUCUAUAUUAUAAAUCCCAAGAUGCAAUGGCAGCUUUGGAACAUCAUGCAGGAGAACACAGCUGAAGAUAUCCAGCGCAACCCUCCCUCCUCUGGGAUGAUGGGUAUCCUGUUAAUGAUGACCAUUUGCAAUCAAACAGAUGUUUAUGAAUUUCUGCCCUCAAGAAGAAGAACAGAUCUCUGUCAUUAUUAUGAAACGUUCCAGGACCAGGCCUGUACAAUGGGUGCCUACCACCCCUUGAUGUUUGAGAAGAAUUUGGUGAAACGUAUAAAUCAAGGUUCAGAUGAAGAGAUCUACACGCAAGGCAAAGUCACAUUACCAGGAUUCAGAACAUUCCAGUGUCCCAAGACAGAAUAAAUACGAGCUGUCAGUGCUUGAUUUAUUAUCCUGUAAACCUCAUUUUAUAGUUUUAGUAUAAUCAGUUUGAUUUUUUUGUGUGUCUCAUCUUUAAUUUGCAGUACAUCAUUAUUGAAUCUAAGCACUUGCCAUAAUUUUCCAGUCUUCCAUGGAUUCCAACGGUUCCAGACAGUGCAGAAGUGCAAAUGUUGCACCUUUGUUCGUAAAAGAGUGUAAUAUGCCUAGCAACCUCAUAGAAAUAAUAAUUUUGGACAAAAUGAAUAAUGAUCUCGGAAAUUGGUAGCGCAUUAAGGAAAGCCAGCAUGGACUUGUUAAGGACAAGUCCUGGAGUUAACAGAACUGCAAUAAUGCUGAUACUGUAGUGCAUGUGGACUAUCAAAAAGCCUUUGCAUUUGAUUAAGUUUUGAGUAAUCAUAGAAUCAUACCUAUUGUUUUACAUUAUGUUCUGGGAGUUGUGCAAGCAUUGGCUGGUUGAGUAUAGUCAGUACUCUACCAAGUGCAGACAGGUAAAAGGCAAGUCAUUGAGCUUUAUGGUCUAUGUACUGGUAUUGCACCUGUCUUGCAAUUAACUUACCACUUUACUCAUCAAUGCGAUAGGUAGAAUAUCUUUUUUGGUUUGACUGAUUUUGUUUUGGUUUAAUGUUAACUGUGAUUUUGCCAUUGUUCAGCACUUGCAAGCUCAACUCAAUCUUAAAUGAGUUGUUAAUAUAAUUCCUAGCACACUUUUGAUUGUUCAGCACAUGGUGAACAGUUAAGGUCUCGAAGUGAUUCAUGUAUACUUGCUGGGAGUUACGUAUAUUUAUGCGCAGGGCCCUAUCUGUUGCAGGAGAAAAGGGACAAUUCAAGAAUUGCACCUUUCGUGAAUUAAAGCAAAGAAUGGAUGACAAUUGUUCCCUGUUGCAUUCACCAUAGCAACACCUCAACCCAUUAAUUUGCCAAUGAAUACAUACCCUCUUCUCAAGAAGUAAAUGUUCUUUCCGCCUUUAAAAUUUGGCAUUCUUGCAAUUGUCUUGAAGAGUGCAAGACAUGUAACUUGAUAGCUUGUCCCUUUUUUCCAGAAGUAAAAUUUGUUUUCAUAAAUUAUUCUGAAAGCACAAAGAAGAAAAUUAUGUAUCCUUACUGAAUUUAACUAUUAAAUCAGUAUUUAAAAGUUUUCCCGUGCUCCAAGAGGAAGAUUAAAAGAUGUACAGAAAUGUGAUUAACUGUCAGCUUGCAAUCUCUGAUUCCAAUGCAUAUUCCCCAGCAGUCAUACCUCUUGAUAUUUAUUUUAAAAUUUCUUUCCCUCAUUUUAAGUCUUUUUUUUGUUUGAUACAUCUGAAAACAGUUUCUCCAGAUGGAUAGUUCCGGGUAGGAGGACAAUGACUUUCUCAGUUCACCACAUAUGAUGAAAUGCUAAACGUAAGUACGAAGGACCAGUGUAACAACAUUGGAGACCGACCACCUUCCAAAGAGCUCACAAAACCUUAUGUGCUACCUGAGUGAAUUAGUCGUGAGCCUAAAAAUAGAAAAUGCUGGAGAAACUCAACAAGUCUGGCACUAUCUUUGGAGACAGAAACAGAGUUAACAUUGAGUGCGAUACAACUCUUCAGAACAGUGAGAAAAAACAGAGUUAAUGUUUCAAGUUCAAUAUGACUUGUUCAGAAGAAGUUGAGAAGAAGAGUCAUUUAGGACUUGAAGUGUUAACUCUAUUUCUUUCCCCACAGAUACCACCAGACCUGUGGAAUUUCUCCAGUACAUUGUUUUCUUCUCAGAUUUCCAACAUUCACAGAAUUUUUAAAUUAUAUUUGUCCAUAAACCUACAUGAAUUUAUGCAUGUUGUCUGCGUAUUACCUGUAGACAAACAUUAUUUGAAAAUUUUUUAGAAUGAUGUGGAAAGAAUCUGAAGCAGCAUCGUUUUGGGUUAGGUACUUCUGGUUAUACCAUUAAAUGAAUGUGAAAGUGAUUUUAUCGUUGUAGUGAACUAUAUGUAUCCAUAUGUUAUGUUAUAUGAAUAGUCUUGUACAAAUUUAAUCUCAAACUUGAAAUGUGAAUUAUGUAGAAUGUACAGCACAGAAACAGGCCAUUUAAUCUGUGGAUCCACUUUAAAAAUAUUCAGAAAUAUCCAGUUGCACUAUAAAAAAUAAUUUUAAAGUUUUGCAUGAAACAACUGAGGAGUUGCUAUUUUUAUUCUGUACGUGAGCUUCUUCCUGUCCCUCUUCGUCUAACCUGAUAAGCAUAGCCUUCUCGUCACUUCUCCCUCUUGUCUUUGCCUAACCUCCACUUAGAUGCAUUUAUGCUAUAUAUGUCUUGACUACUCCUUGUGCUGAGUUUUACAUUCUAAGCAUUGUAGACUUUGCAGAUUCAUUUGAGAAAAAUUUGAUGGAAUUCAAAAAUAUCAUCUAACCAUUACCCAUUUGAGUCAGCUUUCUCCCAAGCUUAAAAAAAAAGUUCUUUUCAUCCACUGUUCAAUUCACACGGAUUGAAUUUUUACCAAAAACAAUGAACAUUUGACCACUAAGCAUUUCAUUUACCAUCAUUUGUCACAUGUUUUACAAACCAUUGUUGCAGUCUGUAGUGUCCUUUAGGGAAGGAAACUGCCAUCCUUGCCUGGACUGGCCUACAUGUGACUCCAGACUCACGUGUGGUUGACUCUUAACUGCCCUCUGGGCAAGUAGGGAUGGGCAAUAAAUGCUGACCAGCCAACAACACCCUCAUCCUGUGAAUGAAUAAAAACAAAUCCCCUCAGGCAACAGAACAAGAAAUCUGUCUUUAAAAUAAAUAUGAAAACUUAUGAUAAUUUGCUUCCAUAUAGUCCAUAAUCUGUGUUCUAAGAAUUAUAUUAGAGAUUCAAACAGCAAAGUUUUGAAGUUGCCAUGGAUACAUAGCCUGAAUAAAAAUUAAUUUUAAAUUAACACAAAACUUUAAUCUGUAAUUUGUAAAUCUAGAAAUAUCGGAGAGAUGUAAACCAUCAGACUAAUUUGCCUGUUAUGGACUGUUGCAUUUUCAAGCUGUAACCUAUACUCUGAAAGAUAUUCAUUAACGUUAUCUUAAUAUCAGUUCUGUGUGUACAACCUGAGUUGCAUUUUAAACUAUAUGAUAUCCUGUGCUGUACCCUGCCAUUCAAGAAACAUUUAAAAUUAUUUGACAGAUAUUGGGAUGGUAGUUCAUUUUUGGCAGGAAGUUUAAAUCUCAAACUGUAAGUACUGAGAUUUAUUUUGCUAGUAGUAGACCUUGCAGUAGUCAUAGAAGGUAAAUUACUAGUUUAUAGGCAGUUUUUUUUUAAACUGAAUCUGUCUUUAGCAGAGUACCAUGACCAGUUCUGAGGAAGGGUCACUGGACCUGAAACGUUAACUCAGAUGUUUUCUUCACAGAUGCUGCCAGACCUGCUGAGCUUUUCCAGCAACUUCUGUUUUUGUACCUUGACCAGUGCAUGUUAUAUAGAGCUGUUGUUUUAAUGAGGAACUGAACUGUUGUGAAAGAGUCUGGCAAAUUUUGCAUCUAGGUGCUGUUAAAUAAAAAGAUUUCAGAAAUUA